AUGUCCUCUUCUGACGAGGAAGCUGUCCGCCGCCCCGGCCGCAGCAACGGCGUGCAAAGUCCUGUUCACAGCAAUGCUCAUGACUCCGGCGACGAGAACAAGAGCCCUUAUGGGGCAGGAAAUGACAAUCUGGAUGAGGAUGACGACGCGGAUCUCUUCGGCUCGGACGGAGAUGACGAUGGAGGAGAAAACGAUCGGCCUCGCCGCACCUUAGAGGAUGAGCAACUGGAUUCUGGUGACGACGAGAACCGCUACGAUCGUCGCGAAGACCGCAUGGACGAGGCUCCCGAUGAGGAUGGUUAUGCCGAGACAGUCAACAUCAUGGACGUGGGCCUUGCGCGGGCGCCAGUACCAGCGACCAAUGAUGGAGAGGUCUACACCAUGCGAGUUCCGGACUUCCUCUCGACCGAGGCGGAGGAGUUCAACCCGGAAACAUACGUUGCGCCUCCCUAUGCCACCGCUGCUACAUCACUCUGCUGGCGCAAAGAUCCCAAGAAUGGAUCUCUUCUACAGUCAAACGCCCGUAUUAUCCGAUGGGAAGAUGGUUCUUUAACCCUUCAACUUGCACACGCCCCUCUCGAGCAAUAUCGCAUUGCAUCCAAACCCCUCGCUCCCCUCAACAAGUCCGGCGAGUAUGAUACCAAGCUAGACUCACACGUCUACCUCGGUGCUGCAGUGGAAACUGCUUCGCUCUUCCGAUUGACUUCCCAUGUCACACAUGGCCUCACAGUUCUACCGACAACAGUGGAGACAGACGACGCGGUCCUCAAACUUCAGGCAUCUUUGGCCGCGGCCACCCGUGGUAACAAGAAGACUGCUGAUGGCUCGGCACCUGUCAUUGAUACGAUUGAGGAUCCCGAACUGGCCCAGCGAAAAGCGGAACAUAUGGAGCGGGAGGCCAUGCGGGCUGAGCGUCGUCGCCAACAGCUUGCGGAUCGUGAAGCAGACCGUGGCCGCCGUGCACCUACCCGCUCUGGUCCAAGCGGCCUCAGUGUUGGUGGUCUCGAAGAUGAUGGCCUAGCUACACGAGCUCGCCCCAAGCCCCGCCGUCCUAAUCGCCGCGGUGAAAUCUACUCCGAUGAUGAAGAAGACUACGGUCGUGGUGCCCGUUCUCGUGAGGACGAAUAUGACGAGGACGACGGGUUCCUCGUUGGAAGUGAUGAGGAUAUCGAGGAAGUUGAUGACGAGGAGGAAGAAGAGUUGGAAGACGAGGAUAUGGAUGCGGAGGGCGAGGUAGAUGACGAGGUCGCCCCAGCCAAAGCUGCCCGCAAGACGGAGGCACCUCGUAGUGGAACACCUCCAGCCCGGAAGAAGAAUCGGUACGUUGUGGACGACGAGGACGAGGAGUGA